UACCCACGUAGAAAUACAGAUAGCCAGGGCGACCAUGUCACCUUCCCACUCUUCAUCGUGGACGGGGAAAUCCGUGCUACUCAUCGGUAAAGAUGGAGAGGUGGACCAGAUCGCGGAGACUCUAUCUUUAGCUGGUUGCCGGGUGACCGUUGCGAUCUUCCCCUCCCCCUCCUCCUCCUUCUCCUCCUCAGCAAGCCCAUCCCAAACCCCCACCGCUACUAUUACCAACAAAGAACCGCAGCACAGAGAGACCUUCCACUUCCACCUAGACUCGUACGACACCCUAGUCAAAGCUUUCCAAAAGACACGUAAGAGGGAAGGAUAUGUGGAUAGGGUCGUCUUGUGGGUUCCUGGGGGGGUUGGCGGCCCCCUAGUAAAAGACAACAACACCCAACCCCCCCCACUCCCCAAGCUCGUCGCAUGGGUAAUCAAGCUCGCAGCUUUUGAGUUCCGGUAUGAUGGACGUCCGAUCGUCCGAGUCCGUGGAGGACUAGGAGGUGAAGGAGAGUUGGGGAGGGGAGAGGUCGGGUUGGUCGUGCCUUCACCGGUCUCGAGGAAUACGGUCCUAGAUCCUGUGGAUGCGGCAUCAGCGAAUAGUAUUCUUGGGAUCACUAGGAGUGUAGCAGGACAAGCUACUCUGGACGGGUUCAAGUUGUGGACGCUUUGUCCCGAAGAACCGGAGUCUGUGGAUGAUGUUGUGAACAUUCAGCGUCUUGUCAAGGAUUUCCAUGAGGUUCUGGAUAGGCAACAUGAUCGACCGUUGCCGUCCGUCGAACAGAAUGCGCCGGUAUACAUUUCCUCGAGUGACGGCCUGAAGCUCAUCGAUCGACCGGACAACGAGCUGAACAAGGCUGAAGCGUAUAAACGGCUUGGCGAAAGAGGGGCCUUUGCCAUGGCGCUGGGCACACGGAUCCGGGACGCCAUCAUCUCGUUCACUCUGACGGCGGAAAAGCUCAACGUGGUUCCUGCGACGCUCGCCGCAUGCGUCUUCGGGGCAGCCAUGCUGUUCUACAUCUACUCUUGGUUGAAAGGCUGGGUCGGUACGCCCAGAGUCUUUUGGCUCGCUCUCGGAGUUGGUCUAUGGAAGAUCGGGUUGAGGUUCGUGACUUUGGGACCAAAGAGUCCUCUCACGAGGGAUGGGAAACGACCUACGGCAGUCUUUCUCGGAUCUGGCGGGCAUACGAGCGAGGCUUUACAGUUGCUCUCUGCUCUGGACAUGCAAAUGUAUACCCCAAGGACCUAUAUCAUCUCCAGUGGAGAUUCGAUGAGCGUGGAAAAGGCCGUGGCGUUCGAAAAGAGCCUGAACACCGGUCAGGCUGAAGGGAAAAACUACAGGUUCAUCGAGUUGCCCAGAGCGAGGAGGGUCGGGCAGUCUUACGUCUCGUCCGUCUGGACGACGGUCUUGUCGUUCAGGACCGCCUUUCGGUUGUUGACGCUCGAGCCGUUGAGGAAUGGUGGUCGGGAGUCCUGGGACUUGAUGCUCGUCAACGGACCGGGGACUUGCGUGGUCGCGGCGAUCGCGGUGAUGUUACCCAGAUUCCUCGGUCUGUUUUCACCUCGAGUGGUCUACGUCGAAUCUUGGGCACGGGUCAAAUCGCUCUCUCUAAGCGGCAAAAUUCUCAAGCGCGUCGUAGACAAGUUUGUCGUUCAGUGGGACGAGGUCGACAGAUGUGCGCCUACGUGGAAUUCGAGGUCGGGGGAGACUCCGCCUGAGGGCAAGGCCAAAAAGACGGACCUUGGGGAAUAUCACGGGUGGUUGAUCUGAACAGCGGGAAAAAGCGGGAGCUACGUUUCUUUCGGGAGUCAUGCGCAUUCCAUGUCGAACA